GUAGUGUUGACGAGAUGCCGCUAAUUCGUUCGUACAGAGUAUUCGUAGCUGUUGUUCCUUACCGUUUGAAGGAUGGUCGGAGACAUUUCUAAGCUAACAGAACAACUUUUGCAAUUUAAUGACAACUUUUGUUAUACCUAUUCGAAUUUGUCUGUAUCUAUUUUCUUCCACAUAUUUUUCAUUCCGUUUCCUUGAGACCAAGGUUGACUUUCUGAGUGGGAACAAUAUGAUCAAAAAUUUGGUCUUGUUUAUAGAAAAUAAGAAUUUAAAUAGAACGUUUUUGUGGCUCUAGGUAGAAAUGAACAUAGGUCCCACAAUUUAAGGAUUCAAUAUUCCUAGGUGCAUAUAUUAAACAUAUAUGCAAGAGUUGUUUAGUCACACCUUGGGAAAAUAAUUCCCAACAUAGUGCAGAAACGUGUUGUUCUAGACAAAGUCAUUUCGUGAAAAUAAUACAUAUUUAUAAAGUGUGCAUUAAUUGAUACCACUAGAUAUAUACGACACUUCACCCUGAUAUAACCAACUAGACCACGAAGUUUUCAAUUUUAGCUUCAGAACGUAAUAGAAAUAUAUUCGAUCAAAAUUAUAAGAUAUCAAUUAAUUUCGAUUAUGAAAAACGGAACAAGGGAAACUUCUUAAUUUAAAAGUUCAUGCGCGUAUUAAUAAGUGCGAUGAAUGUUUUAAAACAUUGUUACUUGCCUUCGAAUUUCCAGCUGAUUCUGGCAGCUUUGCUUGCCUCCACCGCAGCUGCGCCGCGCCAGCGUCGCGAAGCUAUUUGGGGAGGCUACGGUGGUCACGGAGGCUACGGUGGCCAUCUCGGAUACGCUCACGGGGUGGCAGUAGCUGGUCCAUCUUUGGGAUCAACCAGUGUCGCUGGUCCUCACGUGGGAUCAGCUGUCUUGGCUGCGCCUUCGAUAGGUCCAGCAAGGUUAUCUGGAUCCGUUGCUGGCCCGGUGCACGUUUCUGGUGCAGUUGCUGGUUCAGCGGUCGUCACUGCAUCCGUUGCUGGUCCCGCACAUGUUGAAGGUUACGGUGGACCCUACGACGGACCAAGUGGACUAGCCUACGCAGGUCCAGGAUACGGUUACGCUGGCUAUCCAGGUUACUCAGGAUACGCAGGGUACGCAGGGUACGGAGGCAAUGGUGGACACGGUGUGGUGCUGGCGGGUCCAGCAUCCCAUGGAACGGUUUAUGCAGGGCCAGCCGCUCACGGUGCAGUACUCGCAGGUCCAGCAUCUCACGGUGCAGUCCUCGCGGGACCGGCAUCUCACGGAGCAGUCCUCUCUGGGCCUCACGCAGGAAGCGCAGCCGUGUCUGGGCCCAACGCUGGUUCGGUAGUAAUCGCUGGUCCCUCCGGCAAAAUCACGGCUCAUGGAACCGGGCAUGGUGGAAUCCACACCGGCCAUUGGUAGAGAAUGCGAACUGUGAAGAAACGAAGAGUUUUGGAAACCUCUCGAUACCAACCGCGUCGAGUUACAAGAUUUACGAUAGUUGGAAGUUGAAUCCCCAUUAAGGACAGUCCAUCGAGAUAUCGAACUCGGUGAUCUGUAUUACACGAUGUUCCCCGCGUGUGACACACUUUUAUAAUUACGUUUUUAAAUAAAUAGAUAGUACAAUGUUUGAUACAACGUUCGCCUUGUGUGGAGUAUUUUUUUACGGACGCGGUCUCUCGUCUAUACUGUAAUUUUCAUUCUGAUCUCCUAUGGUAAUAGAUAAAUACGAUUCAAUUAUUACAACCAGCA